AUGUCGAAGCCAUCUGCGCAGGACCAGAUCGAGACCAUCGCCCGCCCGCUCACAUUUGCGCGCGGCAAGCGGGCACCGAACCGUUUGGCCAAGGCUCCGAUGGAAGAGAUGCUGGCUCAGAUGGGCGGCGGUCCGCCGACGCCGGCCCACCUCGAGCUGUACCGCAGCUGGGCGCGCGGCGGCUGGGGCAUGGUCAUCACAGGCAACGUGGCCAUCGACAACACCCACCUCGGCACGCCCUUUGAUGUGACCACGCCCCCGGACAGCGCCAACGCCGCCGAGAGGCAGAGGUUCAAGCAGGCCUUCAAGCUCUACGCCGACGCCGUCACGGGACGGGAUCAGGCCGACGUCGUGCCCUCUUCGCAGCGUCCGCUGGGCGUGGUGCAGCUGGUCCACGCCGGCCGCCAAUCGAUGCGUGGGUCGGGCAGGGGCAUCAUGACCGACCCCAUCGCCCCCUCGACGGUGCCCAUGCGACCCACGGCGCACCUGGGGCCCUUUGGCACGGUGCUCGACAAGGUCAUGUGGGGCACGCCCAUCGAAAUGUCGCUCCAGCAGGUGCAGUGGCUCAAGAACCGCUUCAUCGAGGCCGCAAAGCUGUGCGAAGAGGCCGGGUUCGACGGCGUCGAGCUGCACGCCAGCCACGGGUACAUGCUCGCCGCCUUCCUCAGCCCGCUCACCAACACGCGCAAGGACCAGUACGGCGGUGGCGCUGAGAACCGCGCAAGGCUGCUCCUCGAAAUCGUCGACGGCGUGCGCGCAGCUACCGGCGACGACUUCCUCGUCGGCGUAAAGCUCAACUCGAGCGACUACGUCCAGGGCGGUCUCACUGAGGAAGACGCCCUGCUGAACGUCCGAUGGCUCGCCGAGAACGGGGGCGUAGACUUUGUCGAAAUCAGCGGCGGCAACUACGAGAACCCAUCUUUUGUCAUGGAGGGCUUCGACUCCGAGGCCGAAAAGGCCAAGGUAUCGGGCAAGCAGUACCAGCCCAAGACUUCGAAGCGUACAGCGGCGCGGGAAGCCUUCUUCGCCUCGUUCUCGCGCCAGUGCCGCUCGGUCGUGACGCCGCCAUCGUCUUCGCCCGAAGAGACGCGCCUCAAGCUGAUUCUCACGGGAGGCCUUCGGACCCGAGCUGGUAUUGCCUCUGUCCUCUCGCCCUCCUCUGAUCCGGACAACGAUGGCGCCGGCGUCGACAUGGCAUGCCUGGGUCGGCCUGCUGCGCUGUAUCCCGACCUGCCGCGCCGCCUCCUCGAUCCGGCGCUCCCCGACAUGGAAGCUGACACGCCGAGGUACACCAUCCCAGCCGUCGGUGCGCUGGGUCUGCUGCCGAUCAAGCUCGUCGGAGCAGGUUGGGGAACAAUGUGGCACUCGCUCAUGAUGGCGCAGAUCGCCAUCGGAUCGACGCCGGACCCAAAGGCUUCGGUCAUCAAGCUCUUCCGCGACCUCGCCGGCGCCCCGACGGGCAAGAAGCAGGCCGAGGGCGAGUCGCAGGGCGCCUUUUUGCUGCGCUGGGUGGCCAUCAUCGUCGUCUUCCUCGCCGUGGGACAAGGCCUCCUGUUCUCCUACCUCCGCUCGUGA